GCUCCAGCCAAGUCAAUCUCAAUGUCCUCGCAUCACCUCUCCUGACCCUGAUCUGCCAACCUGCAUCGCCAGCGACCAGCCGACUCCCGAGACCCCGCCAGUCCCGUCCACUCUAUGCGAGCAUCGUGCGAGCAUCGUGCAAACCCUGCGACGGCUGCAAAACCCACCUAAACACGGGCCCCGACCCACGCCCACCGCACGCCGCCCGACUGACGGUCCUGCUCCCCCCGCGAUCCCCCAGCCGGGGCGAGUCGAGCAGACGACGCUCGCCCCCCUCCCUGUGCUACCGACGACCCAGGCCAGCGCCACCAUCGGAGAGUCAGCGCUGCGAUUGCUGUGCUACUCCCGAGGAUUUGUCUGGCCAGCUCCAGCUCCAGCAGCAGCCUGUAACCACCCUCCAACAUAUCGCACCCACCACACCAUACAUAAACAUCCCCAGCCCGGAGGCCCCUUCCCUUGUGCAACCUCGAUCGCGGCUACCGUCCGAACCCCCGGCCAUCUUAGCCUCCUCGCGUUGCGAUCCAUCACUUGGCCCGCCUCCAGCUCUGUCUGGCGCCACCAACGAAGCCCUGUGCAAGGGGCCAUUCCAUGCAACUUUUCUGUUCCCCCUUAUCGCACCCCCAUCUGUCAAGUCUUCUUAGAGCGCCCAUCGGGGCCCCUGCGGCCAGAGAAUUAUCCUGAGGGGCCUCCGGCAGACUACGGGCGUCCACGUGGUCUUGUUGCUUUUUCUCACCGUUUUUCUAUCCUCCCGCACCUGUGCUAGAUCUGCAGCUGCGGGGCUUUGACCGCCCCUUUUAAUGUGCCUGACAUGGACAACAACAAUUACUUUGCGGGGCAGACUCAAAGCGAGCAGGUACAGCGACAGCUGGCUGUCCAACAGCAGCAGCAGCGGCGGCGGCAGCAACAACAACACCAGCUCGGAAACCUCGCCAACCUGCAGGUUGGAGGUAUGGUCAUGGACGGCCCGGGGGUCCAGGAUGACCCCAUGUCGGCCAUAUCGAACUCGCCCAUGCUCGACGGCGAGUCGCUGGACGACAUCAUCCAAAACAACUCCAACGAAAUGCACAGGCGGUGGAGCAUGACCCAGACCUACUCUCCCCACGAUCUGGACUCGGGUACGAGGCGGCUGUCCAUGAUGGAGUUCGGGACCAACUUUGACUUUUCCAACAUGGGAAACACGUUUGACACCAUGGGGAACUCGGGCAUGGGCGGCAGUAUGAACGUGUCGGUUCCUCCCAACUCCCAGUACGACCAGCACAGCGGCAUGGGCAUGGUCAAUAUGGUCAGCGCCGGGGGCUUCUCGACACUGUCGCCCGAUAUGAUGGGCAAUAUGCUCAGCUUCUCCAGCCUCAACAUGAGCUCGACCACGACAGGCCAGGACAACAUGGGACUCUUCUCGUCCACGAGCCUGGGGGAUCAGUAUAUGGGCAACACGGUCUCCAUGGAAAUCAUGACGGCUGACGAUUUCGGCAUGGAGAUGCUGACGGACACCAUGUCGCCCCCAAACAGGGCUCCCACAUCCGUGAUGCAGCAAAACGACGGGGACUUGGACAUGGCAAACUCGGGAUCUCAGCAGCAACAGCAACAGCAGCAGCCGCCUAUGAGCGUACAGGCAAGCAUGCCGGCCGAAGCGCCGCAGGCCACGCCACGUCCUGCAUCGUUCAAGACCCCCGCGCCUCCGCGGCCCCCGCGGCCGCCUGCCGCACCCACGUUUUCGGCCAGGCAAGACCCUCCAGGCCUACAGAGCCCGGCGCAGCCCGUUGGUUCUGGAGCUGCCGUAGCCAAAAGCGUCUACUCCAAGUCGGGGUUCGACAUGGUCAGGGCACUGUACUACGUGGCGUCGCGGCAGAACCCGCAGAUCCAACUCGGGGCCGUCGACCUGUCGUGUGCGUUUGUGGUGACCGACAUCAGUCUAAACGACUGUCCCAUCGUGUACGUGUCAAGCAACUUCCAGAACCUGACGGGGUACAGCCAGCACGAGAUCCUGGGCAAGAACUGCCGCUUCCUGCAGGCGCCCGACGGCCAAGUCGAGGCCGGGGUCAAACGCGAGUUCGUCGAGGACCACGCCGUGUUUAACCUCAAAAAGGCAAUAGCGGAGCGCAAGGAGAUCCAGCAGAGUCUCAUCAACUACCGCAAGGGCGGCAAGCCGUUUCUCAACCUGCUCACCAUGAUCCCGAUCCCAUGGGAGACAGACGAGCUGCGCUACUAUGUCGGCUUCCAGAUCGACGUUGUCGAGUGCCCGGACGCCAUCACGAAACACGACCUGGGUGGGCAGUUGCAGGUCAACUACAAGAAUAGCGACAUUGGGCAGUACAUCUGGGGCGGGCCUGGGGGUGCGGCAGCAGGCGUCGGGGCGUCGGGGACGGCGGCGGCGGCGGCGAGUGGAGAGCAGGACAGCAGCCAGACUCUCAGCGCCGACGACGUGUCGACGCUGCUCAAGCAGAUCAAGCCCAAGGGCGUAGCGUCGGACUGGCAUCGGCAGGCGUGGGACAAGAUGCUGCUCGAGAACGCCGACGACGUGGUGCACGUGCUGACGCCCAAGGGCGCGUUCCAGUACCUGUCCCCGUCGUGCAAAAAGGUGCUCGGGUACGAGGCGACGGAGCUGGUAGGGCCCGGGUCCAGCAAGAACACCAUCACGUCGCUGUGCCACCCGUCGGACCUCAUCUCGGUCACGCGCGAGCUCAAGGACGCGUCCCCAGCCAACCCCACGGUCAACAUGGCGUUCCGGAUCCAGCAGAAAAAGAAGGGGUACGCAUGGUUCGAGAGCUACGGGUCGCUCUUCGUCGAGGCCGGCAAGGGGCGCAAGUUCAUCGUGCUAGUCGGGCGCAAGCGGCCCGUCUUCACGCUGCGCAAAAAGGACGUCGAGGCGCACGGCGGCAUCGGCGACAGCGAGCUGUGGACAAAGCUCUCGACGUCGGGCAUGUUCCUGUUCGUGUCGUCCAACAUCCGCUCGCUGCUGGACCUGCAGCCACAGGACCUGGUGGGCACCAGCAUGCAAGACCUCAUGCGCAAGGAGUCGCGGCCCGAGUUUGGCCGCACCAUCGAGAAGGCGCGCAAGGGGAAGAUGGUGUCGUGCAAGCACGAAGUGCAGAACCGCCGAGGCCAAGUGCUCCAGGCCCUGACGACGCUGUACCCGGGCGACAGCGCUGACAACCCCGGAGGGAAGGCGUCCUUCCUGCUAGCGCAGACCAAGCUUGUCAAGGCCUCUUCGCGCUCAGGCGGCAGCGGCGCCCCGGCCUCGUCCGUCUCGGGCUCUGCGGCUGGUAAGAAGACAGGCAGCCAGAACGGAUCGGGAGCCACGACAGCAGGCGCUUCAAAUCAACCGGCUGCUGCUUCUCAGCCAGGGUCCAAGCAAGACGGCGAUGGCAGCACAGCAGCAGCAGCGACGCCUGCAUCCGUGGGCACGGGGGCGGCAGGGGCGGUCACGCCGACACUAGACGGGUCGGCAACGGCAACGACGAUGGCGACGAUGGCGAGCGACAUGCCAGGGACGUACAAGCAGCUGGACGACAACAUGUUUGAGGAGCUCAACACGACGCGGUGCACGAGCUGGCAGUACGAGCUGCACCAGAUGGAGAAGGUGAACCGGCUGCUGGCCGAGGAGCUUGGCCAGCUGCUGUCGAACCGCAAGAAGCGCAAGCGGCGGCGGAGCGCGGGCCUGGUGCGCGACUGCGCAAACUGCCACACACGCAGCACGCCCGAGUGGCGAAGGGGGCCCAGCGGCCAGCGCGAUCUGUGCAACAGCUGCGGCCUUCGAUGGGCCAAGCAGAUCGGCCGCGUCUCGCCACGGACCUCGUCGCGCGGCGGUGCCAACAAGGAAGACGCCCAGAGCAGAAAGUCGAACUCCCCCUCGCACCAGUCGCCCCUCCAGCGCGAAUUCUCGGCCGAGUCGACCGCCGGCAAGAAGGGGGGGCAGGCGCCUCCCUCGACUGCAGCAACUCCUAGGGCGACCGGUACAUCCUCGGCCCCUCCCACUGCUGAGCAGUCGACGGCGGCGGCGGCGGCUGCGGCGGCGGGCGGCGGCCUUGACGCUUCACCCGCUGGGCCCAGCAGCCUGGCGUCGCAACAGAUGCCUCCGCCGCAGAGCAACCCGCUUCUCGCGGGCGGGAGCGGGCUAGGCGGGGGUGGUAUGGAGAUGACUUCGAUCCGCGAGGAGCGUGAGAACUGAGAACUGAGCGCCCAUCUCUCGCUUACACUGUUGCGUUGUUGCGUUUUCGCUCUUUAUGCUGCCACUGCCGGAGCUUUUGCCAUAUACCAGACGUCUUGUAUCUCUCUUGCCUUCUUUUUUUUUUUUGCAGAUCCGGCACCCAUCUCCCAACAGCCCACCCUUGGCAACCCUCUACACACUUCAACCCAUCUUCUUGAUAUUUCUCUCGUCUCGGUUCUACACGUCCGAGCCUUCUCUUUUCAUGUUCAACGGUCCAAUACUCGACCGACACCUGUUUCCUUUUUUCCCCUCCUAACGCAUACACGAUCUUGUUUGGAGUUUCAACUGAUAGACAAAGGAAAGGAAAGCACUGGCUUUUUCCUAUGUAUUUUUCAUUGGUCAAACGGGGUAGCGUAAUGGGGGAGGGCGGGCAAUGUAGGUACACGAUUGGGGCACCGCCCUCCACCCUUGAUUUUUAUAUUUCUAUUCCAACUUUUGUCCUAUCCUGCCUUGUUUGCGCCUAUACCACCAAUAUUCUCUUUUUUUUCAUUCUACACAAGACUCUUCACCUCCAUGUCCACAUACCCCCGCAUGUUCUUUCUGCCGUUGGGCGUCUUGGCUUUUAGGCCAUGGCUAAAGUUUUGUUGCAUUCGUUUGGAAGGGCUUGGGCGAGAUAAACGAUUGGUUGAUGGGUUCUCGCUUGUGUGUCUUGGGCAGUCUGUUGCAUUGGACAGCGGCGCUGGGGGGAUGUGGAAAGGAGCUUGGUGCCUAUGAUUUGUGGGCUGAGGGGUGGGAUGGGGUGGCUGGCUGGCUUGAAGGGAAGGGGACGUUUACUCAGCCCCUAGAUCAGCUGGCGACAAUAGGCAGCGCGACGGAUUUAGCUCAUAUGCUGCUGGCCUGGGUAUCUGGGUUGCGACAUGUAGUGUGCAUAGGUAUCAGCUCCCGCCCUUUUCCCCCAUGUUCAUGGUAUAUGAAUUUGGUUGGCUGCUUGGACACAUACAGGCCACAGGGAACACGCACGGGAUCUUGGUAUCCACUACGACAAAGAUCUCGCCUCGGGCACGAGAGCCGGUUAGUAAGGUCGGGUAAAAAGGUUCAGUCGAUGUAUCUGCGUAUCCCCUUCGCAUGUGGCUACAAUCUUCGUAGUAGGAGUAGGAACCAAGCAACUGCCACUCAGUCAGGUUCAACCCAGCGCCAGGAGGCGGGGGAAGCGGCUGUACACCAGCUCGCAACCAGAAUACAGAAAUAAGAGCGCUGCCUCGCGAUCGUUUUCGACG